AUCAAGUCCAACCUUGGACCAAAUACCACCAUACCCACUAAACCAUACUGAGAAUAAUAAGUUGGAGAUCUGUCAACAACACCUAAUUUUUGGAAACAAGCUUCUGUUAGUUGUCACCAUCAUCCUUCUGUCAGUAGUUACAUCAAUAUCUAGAAGUUUUAAAGACAAGAAUUGUAGAACUGUUGUUUUUCAGUGGUACUGCAGGUGAAAGUUCAGUGCAGAACCCCAAGGUGUGUGAGCUCAGGUGUAGUCAUGCUGCUUAUGGAACAAAGCCUCUGUUUCCCAAGGCUUUGAAAAUGUUUUCUACUGGAUUGAAACUGGCGAGACAUUGCAAAAGGCAAAUCAUCUGAACCACUCCAAACCUGUUCAGUGGAGUGAGGCACAGCCUUGUGGGUGAACCUGACACAUCCCAGCCUGCUCCUCAGCUCCUUGGGUUCAUUUGCUUCUGUCACGCUCUUGGAAUUGGCUUCUGAAUGAAUGGACAAGUGGUAUGUCUGCAACACUGAACAGUUGUCUGAAUCCCUUCAACCUAUUUUUGUCCAGAGUUACCUUGACCAAGGAACACAGAUCUUCUUAAACAACAGCAUUGAGAAGUCAGGCUGGCUGUUUAUCCAGCUCUAUCACUCUUUUGUGUCCUCUAUUUUUAGCCUUUUUAUGUCUAGAACAUCUAUCAAUGGGCUGCUGGGAAGGGGCUCAAUGUUUGUGUUUUCCCCAGAACAAUUUCAAAGACUGCUUAAAAUAAAUCCUGAAUGGAAAUCCCACAGACUUCUCGAUUUAGGGGCUGGAGAUGGAGAAGUCACUAAAGUUAUGAGUCCUCACUUUGAAGAAAUCUAUGCCACUGAAUUGUCUGAAACUAUGAUAUGGCAGCUUCAGAAGAAGAAAUACAGGGUGCUUGGUGUAAAUGAAUGGCAAAACACAGGAUUUCAGUACGAUGUUAUCAGCUGUUUGAAUUUGCUGGAUCGCUGUGAUCAACCACUGACUGUAUUAAAAGAUAUUAGAAGUGUACUGGAGCCAACCAGAGGCAGAGUCAUCCUAGCACUGGUUCUGCCAUUUCACCCCUAUGUAGAAAAUGUAGGUGGCAAGUGGGAAAAGCCCUCAGAAGUUUUGGAAAUCAAAGGGCACACUUGGGAAGAACAGGUGAACAGCCUGCCAGAAGUUUUCAGUAAAGCUGGUUUUGCCAUCGAGGCUUUCACCAGACUGCCCUACCUCUGUGAAGGUGACAUGUACAAUGACUACUACGUGCUGGAUGAUGCUGUCUUCGUCCUCAAGCCCGUGUAAGCCUGUGUGAAGUAAAGCUCCACAAUCUAACCCAAGAAGCAGCCUCUGAAAGAGGGUUUUGAUUUAUGGUUACUUAAAGGGAGGGAAUUUUGGGAUUGCCAUGCUAAAUAAAUAUCAUGUAAGAAAUUUAAAGGCAAAAAUACUAAUGUAUUUCUUUGUAGUGUGAUUAGCAGGGGGGGAGGAAAAAAAUGUUGUUUUUUAAAUGGACUCCUUGCUGAGUAUUUCUUUUUUACCAGCUCUUAAACCAACAUUGCAUUCUGCAAUCCAGCAGCAAUGGGGGAUAUUUUUUUAUACUUACCUGCAACAGAGAUCAUAUCCAAAGAAAAGCAAUAGUCUUUAUAAUGGUGAAACUGAUACAGUGUGAACUGUUGUGAAAGAAAUCAAGCAAAAUCUGGCAAUAAAGUUACCUAUUCAGUUCAAGCCUUGUUGAAUAAAACUGUUGAAAUGGAUUAUCUUCCAUGCUAAGUUACUUUUUCUCUUACUGUCAUUCUUCACGUUUUUAAUCAUGCUAAUAAACUUUUUUGAGAUGA